UAGCGCAAGAUUACCGCAUUCUAAAAUUUAUUAGAUUUCAAGUGAAAUGCGACGAACAGACAAUUAAGAAGCAAUCGUUUAAAGUUUAUCAAAGAUACUCCAGAUUGAAUUAUUAUUUAAAUUGUCGGACGUUCGAAGUUCGAGUUUCAAAGUUUCCCGCCACUUCAACGGUGCUCAACCGCAAUGCGAAGCUGACAUCGUCAGAUGUUGACGGGCCAGUGCCGCUGCAGCGGAUGCAUUAGAGAAUGAGAAGUGCAUCGACUUCGAAACCUAUAUGCUGAGGCUCUGGUAAGUCUUCUGUCGUUGAAAAUACGGACUCUCGCUUGACAAACACCUGUUUCUGCUCGCGCGUCCGCGAUGUCAUCGGCUGUUCGCGUCGAUCUCGCAACACCGAGGGUCGCACGUUGCGGAUAGAAGGAAAGAGAGGGACCUGGUCCCCCCUGCAGCCUGUCAAUCUUUCAUCACACAGAACCUUCGAAUGCGACUCUCUGGCAGGUGUAAACGACGAGAUAUCACACUUUUGGUGCGCUGCAAGACAUAAGAUGGAUCCAAGGGGCCCUCCUGAGGGGGCCCCUGGCCAUUCCUUCGAGAUAGCGACAUCCUUGAAUAUCGACAAGGGAGCUGACAUUUCGGUCAACUGGCCUACUGAUCAUGCUUUUGCUUCGUCUUUGUACGAACAACCGAAAAAAUCGAACAACAAACUCUUGUUCUUGACUGUGGAGUAUGUGGAGGACCAACCGCGAGAUUAUUCCCGGUUAUUUCCCACGUAUGAGCAGAUCUUUUCUCCGCGUGCAGCUUCUCCUCUGUCCGAAUUUGAGCAUCGUGUCAGUCCAUUCGACCCGAAUAUGAGUUCUGCUGCCAGAUACUCUCCUACGCCUGUCCAACUGCCUUCUUCUCCUUUUCACAAUUCUGUCGUUGUACUUCAGGGCCCAUCUUCCCCCUUGAUAUCCCAGCCAGAGUCAAAUAUAAGGACGAGUAUCAAUUAUGUGACUCAGCUAGCUCAUCCGAUCGAUGCUCAAGCUGUUACUCAGACAGAUGCUUCUGCAGAUUUUGUUGGUAACGGGAAUGAAGAAGGGCUCGUAUCUGGUGUCAAUAGUGAAUUAAUUCUAAUGCAGGAAAAUGCACCCGAGUUGGAGUCUUCAACAACUCCCUUGAUGUUAACAGGAAUAGCAGGCACAGACUUUGCUCUCACCAGAGACUUUCUGGUGAUGCAAGAUGAUCAAAUAAAUGUUAUCAACACGUUUAAGAAUCAAAACAUAGAUAUAGAGGACAAUCAAUCAGAAGGUGUUGCAAUGUGUAAUACUUUGCCACCUGUCACAGAAGACUACAAAGUAAAUAAAGACAGCAAUAAUGAAUCUGUGCCAGAAUGUGACAAGGAGAUUCAACAGAUUACCGAGGAGGCGUCACCUGAAAAGAAGAAGAAAACAGUUGAGAAGAAAGAAGUAAGGAGAUCCAAACGACAUAUAACAGACAAAAAAGACUUUUGGUGCGACGACUACGACGAUAAUUGCACCAAAGAUGACACUUGUAACUUGCACGAUGUGUGCACCAUCGCGGAUCAACCGGUACCAUCGCGUGCUGUAGCAACACUGCCAGGAUCAUAUCUAUCGUUAAACAAACUUUCUACUACACAUGCUACAGCAGAUGAGGUGACUUACGGAGUGUUUGCGAAACGUGACAUCCGAAAACGCACGCAAUUUGGACCCAUAGAGGGCGUAUUGUGCCCUUAUGACGGCUCAUCCUUCGAAAAUGCUUUGCCACUGCUCUACGAAACUGAUAAUGGCGAAUUUAUGAAAGUAGACGUAUCCAACGAAAACACCUCAAAUUGGAUGCGUUUCGUGCGACCUGCACAGACGUAUGAGGAACAGAACUUAAUAAUCUGUCAGCGAAAAGACGGAAUAGUAUUUCUUACCAACAAAAACAUUUCGCCAAAGGAAGAGCUAAAGGCAGGUCCUAGUCUUGAUUACGCGAUUCGCAGAAGUCUAUUCACACUCCAACCAGACACAAAAGACGAAAAAGAAAUUCCUAAUCAAGUAUCGGCGUGGCCGCGCUUGGAUAGUAAUUCUUACAAUCGUCGCAUAAAAGUGUUCCGUGGCAGGAACAUCAAAGAGAAAGAGAACUCGCAGCAGAACAAGUGCAAGGAGUGGAAAUGUUCCUCUUGCAGUAUGAUCUUCAGAAAGUCGUCUCUGCUUAACUUGCACGCACUCGUCCAUAUCUCCAAUGAGAUCAAAAUUGAGAAUCAAAAGUCCACGUGUCCGCAGUGCGGAUUAGAAUUCCAAAAACAAAGCGAACUGGCGCAUCACGUAUCCCAACAUGGGCGAUCAACGCCACCUAAGGCGAAACGAUUAACUCCCCUAAGUACAUACAAGUGUUCAAUGUGUUACAAACGUUUUGCUACGAAGAUACGAUUACAACAGCACUGUUUGGCGCAUGGUGCUGAGGACCAAAAACCACUGCCAUGCAAUAUCUGCUUGAAACGAUUUAUGAAUAACUCGGCGUUGUCCGGUCAUCUGAAAACGCAUAAAGAAAACAAACAAGCCUUCGAGUGCCCAAUGUGCAGGCAGCUGUUUCGCCAAGGCACAAUGCUGAAGGAUCAUGUUGAAACACAUAGGAAUCAAGACGGUAUAUUCAGCUGUCCUCACUGCCAGCGAACGUUUAUUAAGUACUCGGUUAUUCGCAAACAUAUUCGGGCACAUCACUGCGAGAGGAAGCACAAGUGCCAGUAUUGCGCGAAACGUUUCCCAACGGUCGACAAAUUGCGAAUGCACCUGCUGAAACAUUCCGAUCACAGAGAGUUUCAUUGUGCGAACUGCGGCAAGCGGUUCAAGAGGAAGGAUAAAUUGAAGGAACACAUGACUAAGAUACACAACUCGCAAACGGCUAGCGAGGAACAAAUGGCGCAGAGCCAGACGAAGAAAUUCGUGCCAAAGGUAAAUCCAAACGAUUACAAUCGCUUCAUUUACAAAUGCCAUCAAUGCCUGGUGGGUUUCAAACGAAGGGGCAUGCUCGUGAAUCACCUGGCGAAACGGCAUCCCGACGUCGCUCCGGAGUCUGUGCCAGAAUUGAAUUUACCUAUUAUGCGGCAAACCAGAGACUACUACUGCCAAUAUUGCGAUAAGGUUUAUAAGAGUAGCAGCAAACGUAAGGCGCACAUUAUGAAAAAUCACCCAGGCGCGGCUUUACCGCCCAGUAACUGGCAAAAGGAGUCGGAGUUCUUAGGACUACCGAAUCCAAGCUUCAGCCAAACGGUGGGCAGCAUCACUACCACUCCUCAGGGUUGCCAAUGGUGUCACAAACAGUAUGCCAGCAAAGCGAAGCUACUGCAGCACCAGCGCAAGAAGCAUGCGCACCUAAUGGAGCCGGCUGAUCAAGUACCGCGGCCGCGAAACCGACCGCCGCAGAAUCAGAAUCAACCGCCCGCGCUGGACGUCAACAACUUCGUAAUAUCCGACUAUUUACAAGAGUGCGACAUGAACGGGGAUUUUCUCAAGCAGAAAAUAAUCAAAAUCACGAGCGACGUUGAUCUGAUAAACAACGGCACGGACGCUGGAGUCGGUCAGCAGUUUGUGCGUAUGCGCGACAUACGCUGAAGAGAGGCGCGGCGUCCCCGCCAGCGGGGAUGAGCGUCGACAAUUUAUCGAGAUAUGAAUCUCGCGAUCUUUGUACGCAGCUCAGACUAACUGCGAAUUUUUUGGCUGCCGUCACCAAAUCGGGACGACGCCGCCUGGAGAAGCGACGGCGGCGGAGCGUCUCGCUUGGGAAUAUUUGGGACACGGCUUUGUGUCGGCGCCAGUGCGAAACACUCGGCGCUGCUUUGUUGGUUGUACGUUGGCCGGUCGGCACAAGCGACGGUUACCGAUGAUAAAAUAGUGACUUGUUGACAGAUUUGUUGAGAAGAAAAAAAAACGGGAAGCACGCAGCUUUAAGAAAAUUGCUUUGACCGAGCCUCGAAACGGAGAGGCAAAAAUAGACAAGACAAAGAAAAAGAGACAGCGCCUAAACAAGUCGGCUGGAUGAGAUUCAGCGAGGCUCGAGGAAAUCUACUUGCGACGGAGAGUACAUUGUAAUCUCGUAUUGUUGAGGUCUUUCCUUGAAGUAUUAAUCCUUCGAGUGCGGAGCAGCGCGACAAGCUGGAGCGCUCUGCGUAGCUGGAGCUCAGGGAGAUUUUCAAACGUUUCGUCUGAUAACCGGUGUGAUAUCAAAUAGAACAGAAGU